ACGUCAUUGCCGUGGCGCUGAGGUCACAAACGCCGCGCGGGCAACCGGCGUGGGUCCUUCCGCCAGGAUGUGUGCUGCGCCGGGGACCGUCCCCUAUAGAUCAGGCGGGCAGGAGCGAUAGGAAAGCCCGAGAUGAGCGCGGAUUCGGGGAAGAAUUUUCCCCCAGUCAGUGUUUUCUGCAAUACCAAUAGUUGCUUAACAGCCAUGGCUUCUUCACCGCCUCCCCGCAGCGACUCUCCACGGGAGGAUGGAGAACUGGAAGAAGGGGAGCUGGAGGACGACGGAGGGGAGGAGGCUCAGGAUCCCUCCGAAUCUCAAGAGAGAGGUCGGAAGGAGAAAGGGGAGAAGCAUCACAGCGAUUCCGAUGAUGAGAAAGCCCAUCGACGGAUGAAGCGCAAGCGUCGGAAAGAGAGAGAGAAAGAGAAGAGGAGGUCCAAGAAGAAAAGGAAAUCCAAACACAAGCGCCAUGCUUCCUCCAGCGAUGACUUCUCUGACUACAGCGAGGACUCGGACUUCAGUCCUGGCGAAAAGGGACACAGAAAAUACAGGGAAUACAGCCCUCCCUACUCUUCCUCCCACCAGCAGUAUCCGUCCUCUCACAGCGCUCCCAUGCAGAAGAAGAGCUACUCGAAAAUGGAGAGCAAGAAUUACGGCAUGUACGAGGACUACGAGAACGAAGAGUACGGUCAGUAUGAGGGGGAGGAGGAUGAAGAUAUAGGGAAGGAAGACUACGACGACUUUGCGAAAGAGCUGAAUCAAUACCGGCGAGCAAAGGAAGGCUCUCACCGGGGGCGGGGUGGCCGUGGCCGAGGCAGAGGGUACCGAGGGCGAGGUGGCCGAGGGGGAAUGCGAGGAGGCCGAGGCAUGGGCCGAGGGAACCGAGGGCGAGGCAGAGGUGACCACCCCGAGGAAGAGGAGGAAAUGUAUGACGAAGAGAUGGAAUACUGCGAUAACGAGGAGCCCAUCAUCGACGAUGAGUACGAUGACUACUCGAAAGAGCUGAACCAGUACCGCAGGAGUAAGGAGAAUCGUGGACGGGGAUUAAAUCGAGGACGUGGUCGUGGCCCACGGGGAAGAGGAAAUAAAGGAAUGGGCAGAGGACGAGGCAGAGGUGGAAACAGAAGCGGAAUGGGGAAAGGUGGUGGAAUGAACGACGACGACGAUUACUACGAUGAGGACAUGGGGGAUGGAGGAGGCGGUGGAAAUUACCGGCGGAACGACCACGACAAACCUCACCAGCAGUCGGAUAAGAAAGGGAAAGUGAUCUGCAAAUACUUUGUGGAAGGCAGAUGUACCUGGGGCGACCACUGCAAUUUCAGUCAUGACAUCGAACUACCAAAGAAACGGGAACUCUGCAAGUUCUACAUCACCGGCUACUGCGCCAGGGCUGAAAACUGCCCUUACAUGCAUGGGGACUUCCCGUGCAAGCUGUUCCACACCACGGGCAACUGCAUCAAUGGGGACGACUGCAUGUUUUCCCACGAUCCGCUCACGGAGGAGACCAGGGAGCUUCUGGAUAAGAUGCUGGCGGAUGACGCAGAAGCAGGCGCAGAGGAUGAGAAAGAAGUCGAAGAGCUAAAAAAACAAGGCAUCAAUCCUCUUCCCAAACCACCCCCCGGGGUCGGCUUGCUGCCCACUCCUCCUCGCCCUCCCGGACCGCCGGCUCCAACAUCUCCCAAUGGGAGACCGAUGCCCGGAGGUCCUCCUCCUCCUCCGCCGCCACCGCUUCCACCGCCGGGACCGCAAAUGCCGCCACCGAUGCACGAGCCUCUGUCGCCGCAGCAGUUGCAGCAACAACAGGACAUGUACAAGAAGAUCCCCUCGCUGUUUGAGAUCGUCGUGAGGCCGACCGGGCAGCUGGCGGAGAAGCUGGGCGUGAGGCACCCAGGUCCACCUCCCCCCAGGUUCCCCGGGCCAGGAGGACCCCCAGGACCAAUGCCUGGACCCAUGCACCCCGACAUGCACCCCGAUAUGCACCCGGACAUGCAUCCCGACAUGCACCCGGACAUGCACCCGGAUAUGCACCCGGAUAUGCACCCAGACAUGCACCCGGACAUGCCGAUGGGCCCGGGAAUGAAUCCCGGUCCUCCGAUGGGUCCCGGACCCCCCAUGAUGCCCUACGGACCGGAUGAUUCCCCCCAUUCCGGCAUGAUGCCGCCCGUCCCACCGGCGCAAGGCUUCUACGAUAAUUUCUACCAACAGCAAGAAGGUCUGGAGAUGGAUCACGGAAUGAUGGGAGACCCAGAAGACUACGGUGGUUACGAGGACAUGGAAGGGCCUCCAGGAGAGCACAUGUUCCCCGAUCCGUCCUUGGAUCACGACGCCUUGUGCGAAGGUGGCCCCCCCGGCUUAGCGAAACCGCCGGGCAGCAUUCCCGAUUUCAUGCCGUCGGCGCAAAGAGCGCUUUACUUGAGAAUCCAGCAAAAGCAGCAAGAGGAAGAGGAGAGGGCUCGGAGAUUGGCCGAGAGCAAUAAGCAGGAACGCGAAAACGAGGAAGGCGAUACCGGUAACUGGUAUUCCAGUGAUGAAGAUGACGGUGGAAGUAGCGUCACCUCCAUCUUGAAAACCCUAAGGCAACAAAGCUCCGGCAGACCUCACCCCCAACCCUCCCACGGAGAAAUCGGGCCGCCCUCCGGCGUCAGCGACCCUCGCCUGCAAAAAGCCCAAGCGGGAGGGAGCGGUCGUCCUGCCGAUCCGCGUUUACGAGAUCCCAGGCUUUCCCGCAACGCGGACCUUUCCGGCCCGUCUCUUCCCGGGGAUUCGGGACCCACCGACCCCAGGCUCGCGCGACACAUUCCCUCCUCCACCCCUAAACCAGAAGCUCCUCAUUCCGGUGGCGGUGGGCAGAAACCCCCCCUGCUCCCCGAGGAGGAGGAAGGGGAAAGGGCUCUACGGGAUAAACCGGUCAACAUCCCCUUGGAUCCUCUCCCGGGCCAUUCCCUGCGGGAUCCUCGCUCCCAGCUGCAACAGUUCAGUCACAUCAAGAAAGACGUCGUCCUCAACAAACCCAACUUUGCCCGGAUGAUCCUGUGGAGCCCAGAGGAUCUCAUUCCGCUCCCCAUCCCAAAGCAAGAGUUUAUUCCCGUCCCGGCUGCCCUUCAAUCCAUGCCUACCCUCGAUCCCCGUCUUAACAGAUCCCAAACGGGGCUUUCCGAUCCCAGGCAGAGGGGGGGAACGGCGCCGGGGGACGCCGCUUCCUCCUCGGGCGCCGGUCUCCCCGAUUUCGAGCUCCUCUCGAGGAUAUUAAAGACUGUGAACGCCGCCGGCAGUCCCUCUUCCAGCCAGAGCGACAAACCCAGCGAUCCUCGCGUACGGAAAGCCCCCGCCGAUCCCAGAUUACAAAAAUCUACGGAAACGGGGGGUUCGAGAGCUCCUAAAACGACGGAGCCGGCCUCUUCCACCGGCGAUUCCGCCCCGGCCAUCGCUCCCUACGACCCUCGGUUGUUGACGGCCGGCGGGUUGAGCAAAGGCAGCGGGCAGAGCAGCGUGCUCAGCGCCAUCAGUUUAUACGAUCCGAGGACUCCGAGCUCGGGAAACAAAACUUCCGAGUCUCCCAACGAAAGCAACGCGACCUCCAAAUCUUCAGAUUCCUCUAAAACCACCGGUAAAACCAAGGAACCCCUUUUCGUCCGACGAUCGGCCUUGGAACAACCCGAAUCGGAUAAAACCAGCGCCGAAACCGCUACGGACAGGUACAACAGCUACAAUCGGCCUCGGCCCAAAGCCACCGGAGGUGGUGGCACCGCCACCGUGGGUCCCCCCACCCAAGAAACCACCCCCCAACCCGGGGUACACAACCUCCCGGUCCCUUCCGUUUACGGAAUGGUCAAAGCGAGCGCCAAAUCCGGAUCGGGAAGCCCCUUCGCGGGCAACAGCCCGGCGCAAGAUGGCGACCAACAAGACGCCGCUUCCCUUAAAGAGGUUUUUAAGGGUUUCGAUCCCACGGCUUCCCCUUUUUGCCAAUAAAAUUGAAGGCGCUGGGGGG